AUGCGAAUUGGCUACCUAAGGCGUAGCCACAGAAAGACGGGGCUGCUGCAUGAUCUAAAAAUAAAUGGCGGGAGGAAGAGCUCGUUCGUUAGCGCUGCCAGUUGUGCGCCGAACAGCGAUCAGGGAAAGUACGACGAUAUAGAAAAUGUGAAAAAUGAAGCAGAUUUAAGGAAUUUUUAUUUGCGCUAUGGGAAAAAGGAAACCACUGAGUUAAUGCGCGACUAUGAAUUACUAACCAGUGGGAUGUUAAAAAGGAAGUGCUCCCUUUCUGAGGUGAUAGAAUGUGGGAACAUUUUGAAGUACGUGGUGGACACGGCAUCUAUGGUGCAUUUUUUACGUACAAAGGGGGGGAACCAAACAAGUAUGGGUACUCCCACCUCGGCAAAUGAGAGCCAUCAUAUAAGCGGGCCAAACAACGUCUACUACAUCCACAAUAUUGAGAAGCCAAAGGUAAACAGAAACGAACUGAUACGAACAAGCAGAAACAACCCCUGCAUGAAUGCCCUCAUGAAUAAUAACAUGCACAAGUUUAUCUACAGACUUAAAAAAUGCGAUAUUUUAAAUUAUAAGGAAAAGGUGAUAAGCAAGGAUCAUGUGAACUACCAUUCAUUGUUAUUCCCAUUGACGUAUGUAAAUGUGAGGAGGGCAAACGAAUCUGAAGCUGACUCCUACUUCAUGGACACAAACAUCUUCUACCAUUAUGUUCACAGAAGGAACAGUAAAGCCUUCAUAGAGAUACUGAAACGAGUUAAGUAUAAAAUUCUAUCCGCGCAGGAAAUAAAAAAUGGGCUCCUCCUGUUGACCAUCUUGCACCAUAAUAAUAUUUCCAUGUCAAAUGACAAAAGCAACAUCGUCAAGUGUGCAGGUAGUUCAGAAGUUUCGUACAAAAAUGAAGAUUACGUUAACAAAAAAAUGUUACAAGAUAUUUUUAUGAAUUUGUGUCAGGGGAUUUAUUCGAAGGUGGAGUCCAUUUCGUUCCUCCACCUGUAUGAUUACCUUCUCCUCAUGUGCGUGAACGAAGUGAAGAGUAAGGAAGUUUACGCGGGCAUCGUAAACCGCCUAUCACAGUAUGUUAAUGUUAUUAACAAAAUUAGCAACGACCUGAACAGGUCAGACGAAACGGGGGAGCCCCUCUGCAUGGGGGGAGAAACCACGGAUGGGAGUGGAAUGCAGACAAGCCAUCCCAGGGAGAACCCACUUGGCCUCGAAGCCGAAUCAGUCGACGCAACACCAACCGGAUGGACAAACCAUAGUACAAGCGGAACAGUCCAGGAAGAGAUAGAUGAUGCAGACGAGGAGUGGGCGCAAAACAUAGCACAAAGCGAUGACUGUCGCUUUCACCUGAGGAAGGACCACCGCCAGCACAUAACGAAUAACCUGCUAAGCAUCAAGAACAUCCUGCUGCAGAAGGUGCUGCUAGUCUACAUGGCGAAAUAUCUCUUCAGCCACAUAGACAGUAACAUUCUGUACGCCCACUCCGACCUGAUUUGCGAAAAUUUGGAACUCAUGACACAUCAUAUGAUAACAAAUUUUAUUUUCACCAUCGGGACGUGCAAACAUGUAGACGAAUUUUGUAUGUUCAUGUUGGCAAAAUAUGUACAGAAUUAUGUACACACAUAUACGCCAAAUGAAAUUACCAUCAUUGUGAAUACCUAUGCGGAUGCCUCUUUGGAAGACGUCAGUUUUUACGAAACGAUUUGUGAGCAUAUGAAGAGAAACUUUGAAACGUUUUCCUCUAUUGAUAUUAUCAAAAUUAUAUAUGCAUUUUCCAAAGUGAGGAUUCGAGAUGAGGAGUUGUUAAAAAUGGCGUAUGAAAAGAUAAACCAUUAUUUGGAAGAGAGGGAGAGAAAAAUGGACGAUAUGUGUGUACAGGGGAAGGGAUCAUACGCACAAUGGGAAAGCGAAAAAAAAAAAAAAAAAAAAAAUUUCAGCACACACUACAGUGGUGAUACGAUUGUGCGAAGUGGAGGUUUCCCCGAUGGAGGUGACCAUCGUGUGGUGAGUAGCAACGACAUCUGUGAGAACAAACAAAACAAACGGAAUGGAAAAAAGAAAAAAUAUGUUAUUAACAAAUAUCUCUGUGCGUACGCGCUAAUUGCGGCGGGCAAGUUGGAUUAUGUAGAGGAACUGGACAAGCUGUUCAUACAUUUGAGGAAUAGCAUACAUAGUGAAGGCAUCGACAUAAGAGGCGUGUUGUGGAUGCCCAUGGCGAUUACGAGCUUGCUAUCAUCAGAAUGCAUUUUUCACUUCCUUCCCAUUUAUGUGAACCUAAUUUACAACGCUUUCAAAAAAACGCAAUCCCCCAAACUGCUUUCGCUACUCAUACGAAGGCACAGCAUUUUACUGCACACAAUCGAGACGGAUAUCAUUCCGAAGAAAUACAUCAGUAAAAGCACCCUCAACAAUUUGUAUUAUAUUUGCAAAACGAAGAAGGACAACUCGAAGGAGAAGGUGUUCAUUCCAGAUAGCUCCACCUUCCACAUUGAAGUUUCGAACGCCCUGUUAUCCCUGGACAUUGCGCACAGGAAGGAGGUUAACAUUUACCCCUUCACCAUCGACAUUUUUAUUAGCAGGGCAGGAAAUAGCGAACAGAAGGGGGGUCAAUCCAACAACACGCAGAGAGACUCAAGCAGGGAGACGGCGUCGUCCAGCUACGGCACGACCAACUUUACCCAUGACCAUACCGCGAAGGAGAAGAAAAAAAUACACCAGUACGACAACGACACCAACUUUGAGCAUACAUUCGAAACGAAGAAGAUGAAGAAGAAGUCCAAGAACAAGAACGAGGUGUACACGGACGUGCCGAUUGCAUAG